AUGUCGCUCACCUUAAAUGCGGAGAUCAAGGAGGCGGAAACGAUGACCCAGGUGAUACCAGAGCCUUGGGAGGGUUUUGCUAAGGACAACAUGUCAAGCCGGGAAUACCUGCUAUCUAGUACUCCUGUAACGGCUGCUAACAAGUCCAGAGAGGAAGCGCUGGCAGAAUAUCUACUACUAUUUUCUCACGAUCUGGUGCCAGUGGAAGGCCAACUAGCAUCUAUCCCACUCCUGGGAAUCGAACAUCAGGCCAUGGUCCAUGGAGUGAUAAGGGCAUCUCUGAACUUUCAUUGUCAUUUCGCAACUCACAUUUGA